UAUCCUUUGGAGUAACAGUCAUCAAAAUUUUGAAGGUAAAAAGCGGAAAUCAGAAAUUAAGUGGAAAUUUUAUUUGUUAUUUAUAAGGUAAACUAAGUUAAUGAAGAGCCAGAGGAAGGUUCUCAGGACCGAAAACUGCCAAAAAGAGUAAAAAUAGAAAAUAAAACUCAGCUAAUUGAUAACUAAAAAAAAUCAUAGACUCAGGGCGUCUAGUUUGUCGUUAGCAUAAUGUAUGAAGCGGUAGUGUCUUUCUUAGAAGAUUUAGGUUUAUCGCCGAAAGACUGGACAAAGACAGUGGCUGGUAUUACCCAAGAAGUAGUAAAGUCUACCGCAUGGUUCACAAAGCCGUCCAUUGAAGAGUUAUCCAACCAUGCCCCCGAAUUAAGCUUUUUCCCUCCAACGAAUGUCACCUACUUGGGUGCCUUCUCCGCAGCUGUUAUGACUUGGUUUGUUCUAACAGGGAGAGAGUAUUCUCAUCACGGUGUCUCUCUAGAAAAACCGAAAAAAGGAAGGACAAAAUCGGAAAUCAAACAUGCCGUUCCCAAAAAAACUCAAGCGAAGAAGCAGAAAAAAUACGAUGAAAAGCUUAAAGAGAAAACUGUUUUAGUUGAAAGGGAUCAUUCAAGGAAAAAUCAAGGAAGAGAUUCACGGGGUAGUAUGAAAAGCCGCACAGCUGGGAUAAGCGGAACAAAAAUCAAUGAAGGCAAUAGUCAAAAUACCUUACUGGACGAUGCAGGCACUAUCACGGAGUCAGAAGAGAUGGAUCAAUACCGAAGUUUUAGCGGAAGCAGCAGCAGAACCGAGAUUGAGAUACUCCAAAAUAAGGCAGAUUUGACUCAGCCGCAGGAAGAAACGAAUGGACAAAAGGGAGGAACAAGUCAAACUGCUAAUCCACAAACUCUCGAGAGCACAAGUGCUGGAUCUGCACGAACUUUAGGUCAGCAGUCGAGUUCCUCAAAAGGUGAAUCGACUAAGCUUAGUGAGAGCAUAAUUUCCGCGAGCGAAAUGCGGUCAUUAGGCGGAGAAAUUAUUGAUUUAAAAGCCAAAGUGCCCGUUAUUCUGUUGAAACGUCACCCUAGGAACAUGCUUGCUUCAUAUAAUGUGUAUCACACUACUAAUCCCAUACAUUACAGCCCCGAAGUGAGGCUUCCUCCACGGAGGAGGAUUGACAGAAAAGUUGCAGAAAUAAAGCUUAAGAACAAUGGGCACCCCCACAACAUUUAGGAUCUCCAAGUUACAGCUCAUUCAAAGGAGGUGUCGAUUUUUUUCAUCCUUUGGAACGCAUGUCGACCAUUUUCACGAAUUUUCAUCCAUAAGUCUAAGCCACUUGUCAACAAUAGUUUGAAGUUCCUCUUUUCAUACGAAUAUAGGUGUAGGCAAACCUCUUCAGGUUGUCUGGUUUAAAUUGAUUCCCUUGGACCUUUGGCGAGCAGGGACUACCAAUUGAGCUGUUGUUGGUUAGUAAUGUAUUUUCGAAAUAAAACUUUCCUUUGAUUACUCAGCGCUGCUAAAUGCAGGCAGCGAGGCAAGUAGGCAUUUCGAAAAUGGUAUUCCUGGCACACAAUGAAAAUCUAUUUCGAAAUAUAUUGUAGAAAUACAAAUAAAGUUUUGAUAAGAUUACAAGAAAAUCUGGAAAAAAAAAU